AUGCAUGGGAAGGAAGUUGGAAGCAUUAUUGGCAAAAAAGGAGAAUCCGUGAAGAAGAUGAGAGAGGAGAGUGGAGCUCGCAUCAAUAUCUCAGAGGGCAACUGUCCCGAGAGGAUCAUAACACUCGCAGGGCCAACCACCUCCAUCUUCAAAGCCUUUUCCAUGAUCAUUGAGAAACUAGAGGAGGACAUAAGCAACUCUAUGUCAAACAGUACGGCCACCAGCAAGCCUCCUGUCACCAUGCGUCUCGUCGUGCCUGCCAGUCAGUGUGGUUCACUCAUUGGCAAAGGAGGCUGCAAGAUCAAGGAGAUCAGAGAGUCGGCCGGAGCUCAGGUACAAGUAGCAGGGGACAUGUUGCCCAACUCCACAGAACGUGCCAUCACUGUUGCAGGGACCCCCCAAUCCAUCAUCGAGUGUGUCAAACAGAUCUGUGUCGUCAUGCUUGAGUCCCCGCCAAAAGGCGUGACUAUCCCGUACAGACCCAAACCCUCAGGCUCUCCUGUCAUCUUUGCAGGUGGUCAGGCUUACGCUGUGCAAGGGCAGCAUGCCAUUCCACAGCCUGAUGUAAGUGAAGGGCCCUCUCUCACCAAACUUCACCAGCUGGCCAUGCAGCAGAGCCCCUUUCCCAUUGCACAUGGCAACCAGGGCUUCCAGGCUGGGAUGGAUGCCUCUGCACAAACAGGCUCUCAUGAGCUAACCAUUCCAAACGAUCUUAUUGGAUGCAUUAUUGGACGCCAAGGUGCAAAGAUCAAUGAGAUCCGUCAGAUGUCGGGGGCUCAGAUCAAAAUUGCAAACCCAGUGGAGGGCUCCACCGACCGGCAGGUCACAAUCACGGGCUCCCACGCCAGCAUCAGCCUGGCAGAGUACCUCAUCAACGCCCGGCUGUCCUCAGAAGCCACUGGACUGGCGGCCAACUGA